AUGUCACCUACGAAUGCCAACGAUACUCCGUCCCAUCCUGCCUUCUUUCUCCUGGUGGGCAUACCGGGGCUGGAGCGGGUGCAAGGUUGGAUCGCCAUCCCUCUGUGCGCCAUGUACGUCUUUGCAGCACUGGGAAACAGCGCUAUUCUCUACAUCAUCAAGACAGAGACUCGGCUGCAGGAGCCCAUGUACCUCUUCCUGGCCAUGCUGGCUGCCACCGACCUGGCCCUCUCCACCUCCACCAUGCCCAAAAUGCUGGCUGCUUUCUGGCUGGGUUCCAGGGCAAUCGAUUUCCACGCCUGCCUGGCCCAGAUGUUCUUCAUCCACACUUUCUCAUCCAUCGAGUCAGGUGUGCUCAUGGCCAUGGCUCUGGAUCGCUACGUGGCCAUUUGCUGCCCGCUCCGGCACUCUGCGAUUCUCUCCUUGCCAGCCGUCGUGACCCUGGGCAGCCUCAUCCUUCUCCGCGGAGUCCUGCUCAUCUGCCCCUUCUCCUUCCUGGCCGGCAGGCUUCCCUACUGCCACCGCCGGUUCAUUGCCCACUCCUACUGUGAGCACAUGGCGGUAGUGAAGCUGACCUGCGGGAACAGCAGAGCCAACGUCGUUUACGGGCUCUUCGUGGCUUUUGUUGUAGUUGGAUCUGAUGUCUCCAUCAUUGCCACAUCCUAUGCCAUGAUCCUCAGGACCGUGUUGAAACUCCCCUCCCAUGAAGCACGCCUCAAAGCCUUUGGGACGUGUGGAUCCCACAUCUGUGUUAUUCUGUCAUUCUACAUCCCUGCUCUCUUCACUUUCCUCACCCACCGGUUUGGCCAUGGCGUCCCCCACCACGUCCACAUUAUGGUGGCCAUACUCUACCUUCUGGUACCACCCACCUUGAACCCUAUUGUGUACGGGGUGAAAACUAAAAUGAUCAGGGACAGAAUUGUCAAGAAAUGGAAGCUAGUAAAGAGUUCAACUUGUCUCGCAAAGAAUCCGGAAGCAGAAGCCCCGGGUUGA